AUGGAGAAGCUGUCGAUUUGUGGAUGCCACAAAUUCAAAGAAAUUACUCGUCAUUAGUUUCCAUCUCUUACCAAACUCACGGAUGAACUUUAUAAAGACAUAGGGAGAGUUAGAAUGAUUUAGGGCUUGAUUAUAAUGGUUUCCAUUUGUUUCGUAUGAAUCAUUAAUACUUUAUAACCAAGCAAACGAUCUGUUCUGAUAUAGUGAAAUUUCCUUGUAUAAAGACAAACAAAUGGUGCGGAUGGUCAUAUUGCUACAAAUAGCUCUUUUAUCAAUUUGAUGCAAAUAAUGUUCCAAUGUGAAAAAGAGCAAAUUUGACUUAGAAAUAGACAGAUCACUGAGGGGGCAGAGGAGUGAACUGUUAGAAAUUGAAACAGUGGAUAAGAUUGAACGAAACAAUUACAGCAGCACAAUCACAGCAGUAUUUCUAUGUUAAAUUUAGUAAGUUGGCGACUAUGUAUAUCAUUGUUGAUAUGGGGUUAUUUAUUACAUGCAUCCCUACAAUGACCAUAGUGCUAUUAAUUAUCUUCAAAACUUUCUAGGAAACUGUUUAUUGAGUCACAAAAUACCAAAUAACAACGGAAGAAACGCAAUAGAAGAUGAAGUGUAAUGACCGUGUAAGCGUCAAACUCAGUCACAACAGUUACGCUUCCCAGACCUCUUCCCCGUUCUUCGCCUUCGACUUGUUUUGUUAACGUGCUAUAAUGCACUAGAUCACUAAGGUAACUUACACUGCCCUCUUCGAGACCGUCUGAGAUACCGGUGUGGUUGUUAGACAUCUUCACGAAAGACUUUGAGAUUGAAACCCGGAAGUACAAGAAUAAACGAGCAUUUGCCUUGCCUUUGAAGGUAGGCUGUAUGAAUUUAUUUAUGCGACUGAUUUGCAUUGAUGGAUAUCUAACAGUACAUCACAGACAUUCAGCGUUGCUAAAGAAAUUCUGCAAAAGAUAUGCCAUGCAACGUGUAACGAGAGUCUUACAAGCACAUGCCGUCUGUCGCGUAUUCUUUUGUAUCUUUCGAUACGGUUUGCAUUUGUUCAGGUAUGCACUAGUUGUCGCCGUUACGAAUUAAACAACACUGGUUGAAAUAGCAUCUUUAACAUCUUACGAUACGUGAUCCACGUUUGGAGAAGUUCGAGCCGAUUUUGCGGGCCAAAAUGGAGUAAAAUAUAGAUAGCGCAAAUUACUUUCGCUUGUCAUCAAGAAGAAAUAGUCUUUAACGGGUUUUGGACAGUUUUAAACUUAUUCCGAAACAUUUUUUCAACGAAUCUUUGUUCGAUAAUUUGUUGUAAGAUGUUUGUUUUUUUAUCAAGAAUCCUCGCGUGCUUUUCUCGCUACCAGCGUCGUUUAAUCAAAGACUGACAGAUGAGGUUACCAACAAAGGCAACAGAUGACUAAAAUAUUGACCAAAACUCAGCGUCUCAUAGUCACAAAGAUAGCAUGUUUGUAUAAUGUAAAAGAAAAAGUAAGAGUACUCUGAAAGCGAAGUAAGGUUCCAAGAACCUCGCGUCCUUUUCUCGAUAACCGCGUUGUUUGAUAACGAUUGACAAAAAUAAGAUUAAUAACAAAAGCUCACAGAUUACCAAAAUAUUGAACAGUACUUGGCUUAUAGGGUCACAGAAACCUUAGCUUGUCUGUACAAUUUGAUAGAAAAUCCAAGAGCACUCUUAAAGCGAACUGAGUUUCUAAGAAUCCUCGCGUCCUUUUCUCAAGAAAAGCUUUAUAAGAUUACACGACUGAUAGAUAAGGUUACGAGGUCAACGGAUUAUCAAAACAUCGACUAACAUUCAAUACCUUAAGGUCACAAAUAUAGCUUGUUUGUAUAAUUUAUAUGUAUAAAUAAGCGCACUCUCAAUGUAAACUAAAUAGAGAAAAAAACGCAGAACACUCAAAUUAUUGACCACCGAAUUUGAUCAAUAUUAAAUACUUUUUAGAUUGAAGAGGAUGAAAUACAGGUUGAAGGUUUGAAUGCUUGAAGUGAUCAAUGUAUCAAAGUGUCAAUACCACAGCAAAUCGGAUGAGGUGAAAUUAGCGCAAGCAAAGUUAAGAUUUAUUUAAAUUUUCCUUGCCGUGUAAAGUUUCUUGCAUUCUACUCUUCUGUCAUGUAGCACAUAACCAGUUGUCAGGCGACUGAUCCCAAGUGGAAAUAAAUGACUCAAAACCGUUUAAACAAAUCACCUCUUUAAAGGCUGUGAUACGAAUGACGCACUUGUAAGCGAAAAUCACUUAAUGAUCCAAUUGAUGCCAGAUGCUGUCCGAAAAGUAUUUAUGUUGACGUCAUAAUCUUUUGGCUGAAGAAAACAAACAACGUAUUAUUAUUUUGACAAUGCUUACUAAAUUUUUCAUUCAACUUCUCUAUCCAUCAUGGUUCGGUCAAUUUACACAUGGUUUAUUUUCCUCCUCUUUACAUUAAUAAAAAUUAAUUUAUUUCAUUUACUAUCAAGAAUGGCACAGGAAGGGACCCCAGAUAAAAGUUCCGAUGCCUCCGCAACUGAAGUUAGUCAGAUUAUAUUUGGUGGAAAGAACUUGAAGUAUCAGAUCGAACAGUUUCUUAGCUCCGGUGGCCAGACUGUUAAUAUUCUACUGAGUGGCAAGACAGGAGUUGGCAAGUCACAUUUGACAAAUGCGCUCAUUGGAGAAAACCUUGCGGUAGAAGGAUAUGACAUCGACCCACAAACUGAUGACGUAAGCUACUUUGAUAUCGACAGUUAAUUCACCUUUUAAACUAUUAUGAGGUUAUUUCAUUAACGGGUACUGUGUAUUACUUGUAGUUGGGAAAAGUAAUGAUAAUAUUUUGCAUCCUUUUCAGCAGCAUGUCUAAACUCCCUCUGUUCUUUAAUACUUGAAAUCAAGAAAGAAUUAUGGAGUGCUUUUGCAGGUAUUAGGUAAAAACGUUAUUUGAGGGAUAAGAAAAAACCACUUUCAAGGUCUCAUUUAGAAACAGGGCGCACUUAAGAAUAAAAAAAAAAAUUUUCAUGCAUUUCUCUCGUGUAACUUAGGUAACAUUCCAGGUCAGAUCAUAAGUAAAUCACUGUUAGAGUUAAAUGGCCUAAUUAUUUCCUGUUUAUUCCCCUUAGAUAACUGCUUACGAGGUUGUCAGAAACGGCGUAACUAUUACAGUGUUCGACACUCCAGGACUUGCAGACGCAACCGGCAGUGAUGAAGAAUACCUGCGGAAAAUCAAGGAGAAAGUAACCCACUUAGACUUGUUUCUAUUCUGCACUGAGAUGACCAGUAAGCGAUUCCGGACCGACGACUUGGAAACGAUGAGGAAGCUUACAGAAGCCUUGGGGGAGAAACUUUGGGAACAUGCUCUUGUGGUUUUAACCUUUGCAAACGAAGUUCCAUUAUCGCCAACUAAGAAGACGGGUGACGUACCUGAAGUAACCGUUUUCAAUAAUCGCUUUUUAUGUUUCAAGAAAGCGAUAAACAAACAUUUGGUUGCCAUAGGGGUACCAGAGAUCACCGUGACUAAUGUGCCAUUUACGCCAGCCGGAGAGUUGGAUGAUCCAAGACUUCCAGAUAGAGAAGAUUGGUUGACAGCAUUUUGGAUCGCAGCUUUCAAACGUAUCAACAGGAACGCAAAAGCUGCUUUCCUAAUGGCAAAUGUCGAUCGCAUUUCACUUUCCUCCACCUCUGGUGAAGGAAACGAAGAAAGCAAAGUAAGGAAAGAUGGCAACGUUUGUCAGUCUUUAACCAUCGAAGAAAGGAAUGCAAUCAAAGAAUCAGGAGGAAAAUUGAAAGAAAGUGGCUUUGACAAAAAAUUGAGCCGCUGUUUUGAGAAAAUUGAGAUGAAAACUAAAGAGGAGUGCCCCACAUCACCUGGCCAAGGUGCAAAGGUGUCAGGCCCCUCCAUCAAUGCGAACGAAACCUUCUCUGAAGAAAUCUUUAAGGAGAUAGUAAGCGAUGUAUCAGGGCAAUUCAUUGUUGAGCUAACCAGUACUAAGAAAACUAAGACUUCGGAUGAGCCCGAUGAAGAGUGCCCCACAUCACCUGGCCAAGUUGCAAAGGUGUCAGUCCCCUUCAUCAGUAAGAACGAAACAUACUCUAAAGACGUCAAGAAGGAGAUGUUGGCCAAUGUAACAGGGCAAUUCAUCGGUGAGCUGACCAGUGCUAAGAAGAAAACUGAGACGUCGGAUGAACCUGAAGACGAGUGCCCCACAUCACCUGGCCAAGAUGCAAAGGUGUCAGGCCCCUACAUCAAUAGGAACGAAACGUGCUCUAAAGACCUCAAGAAGGAGAUUUUGGCCGAUGUAACAGGGCAAUUCAUCGGUGAGCUGACCAGUGCUAAGAAGAAAACUGAGACGUCGGAUGAACCUGAAGACGAGUGCCCCGCAUCACCUGGCCAAGUUGCGAAGGUGUCAGGCCCCAUCAUCAAUAGAAACGAAACGUGCUCUAAAGACGUCAAGAAGGAGAUGUUGGCCGAUGCAACAGGGAAUAUCUUCGGUGAGCUAACCACUGCCAAAUUUGGUGGAAAGUACGGAAUAUUCCUCCGCUUCCUUUUGAAGUAUCUUAAGAAGCGUUUCCCACUUUUCGUUUCAAAGCCUAGACUAGAAGGCAUGAAGAAAUGA